AUGGCCGAACCCAUCCGAGGCAAGCGAUCCGACAUGUCUGUCGCUCCCACGCCGCAGAACACUCCCCUGAACAACGCUCCCAUUUCCUCCCACGCCCAGCAGCCGGGCGUCUCUAGCAUCAAGGAGGAGGAGUUGGACCGUGCCGCCGCCGCGUCCGUCUUCGCCCAGAACCCCAAGCUCAUCCAGAUGAUUCAGGGUCGACUAGGCUCCCUGGUGGGCCAAUCAUCGGGCUACAUCGAGUCCCUUCCUGCUCCCGUCCGCCGUCGCGUUGCCGGUCUCAAGGGCAUCCAGAAGGAGCACUCCAAGCUUGAGGCGGAGUUCCAGGAGGAGGUCCUUCAGCUCGAAAAGAAGUACUUUGCCAAGUUCUCUCCCCUGUACCAGAAACGUUCCACCAUCGUCAAUGGUGCCGCUGAGCCCACCGAGGAGGAGGUCAAGGCUGGUGAGGAGGACGAUGAGCUCGACGCCGACGAGGAGGGUGCUUCGGCCGCCCAGCCCGAGGGCAAGUCCGACGUCCCCGAGGACGUGGCCGGUAUCCCUGAGUUCUGGCUGUCUGCCAUGAAGAACCAAAUCUCCCUGGCCGAGAUGAUCACCGACCGCGAUGAGGCUGCCCUCAAGCACGUCACCGACAUCCGCAUGGAGUACCUUGACAAGCCCGGCUUCCGUCUCAUCUUCGAGUUCGCUGAGAACGGCUUCUUUAAGAACAAGACCCUCUCCAAGACCUACAUCUACCAGAACGAGAGCGGAUAUGGCGGCGACUUCAUCUACGACCAUGCCGACGGUGACAAGAUCGAGUGGCUUCCCGGCAGAGACCUGACCGUCCGCAUCGAGAGCAAGAAGCAGCGCAACAAGAACACCAAGCAGACCCGCAUCGUGAAGAAGACUGUCCCCACUGAGUCUUUCUUCAACUUCUUCUCCCCACCCAAGGCCCCCACUGACGACGACGAUGAUGAUGCCGAGUCGGACAUCGAGGAGCGCCUCGAGCUGGACUACCAGCUGGGCGAGGACAUCAAGGAGAAGCUCAUCCCCCGCGCCAUCGAUUGGUUCACCGGCGAGGCUCUUGCCUUUGAGGAGAUCUCGGAUGAUGAGUUGGAUGGCGCCGAUUUCGAUGAUGACGAUGAUGAUGACGAGGAUGACCUCAGUGAGGACCAUGACGACGAGGAGGAGUCUGAUGACGAUGACGAGUCGGGCAAGCCCAAACAGGAGGCUGCUGAGUGCAAACAGAGCUAA